CGGCAGUAUAGGGCCUGCAGUCUGUUCACGUCGAUUCUGGAGGCAGAAGGUCUGGGUCUGCUGCUAAAUACGCUUUCUGCGCAAUGGCAGACACCGGUAAAUACUUGGUGAUCACACCUGAGGAGGUGGCGUACGUCAGGAAGCAGCUGGGUACCAAUGAGGAUGACAUCAAGACGGCUGUGACGUCACUGCGGGAGUGGCUCAGGAUGCAGCCACACCUACCUGACGCUGUAGACGAUGCCCUCAUUGAACGAAUGUACAUCAACUCCAAGUGCAGCAUGGAGAAGGUGAAACUGGGAUUAGACGCAUACUUCUCUCUCAAACACAGAUUUCCUGAGUUACUAAUGAACAGAGAUAUCGGAGGAAGCGACUUCCAGCUUGCAACGAAGCACUUCAAAAUGAUGGUGAUGCCACGACUCACAAAGGAUGCCUAUCGCGUGAGCAUCUGGACUGCAAUGGACGAAGACUCGAGCAAUUUAGAUUGGCCUUUGUAUGGUAACAUACUUACAGGCGGAUUGGAAAUUAUGUUGGUCGAAGACUACUGUCUUGGAGAUGUGGUCAUCUUCGACUUGGCCAAUGUGAAUGCUGGACAUAUCGUACGCACAGAUAUCAACUUCAUCCGCAAUCUUGAACUCUGCUACAAGACUGCUUACCGCCGGCGAUUGAAAGGACUUCACUUGGUGAAUGCAUCGAAGAUCAUACAUUCAGUCAUGAAAAUAGCAAAGAUGGCGCUAUCUGAAAAGUUGCAGAAGAGGGUGUUCGUGCACCUUCCUGGGUCGACGACUCUGUUCGACGAAGUGCAACCUGACUGCGUACCAGACGAGCUGGGAGGCACUGCUGGACCUGUUGACAACUUUGCGUACAAACUUCUGGAGAAGGUCGACCGUGAGUGGCUGCUGGAGAAGGACAAGUACAAGUCAGACGAGAGCAAACGCCCCGCCAAGGACCACGAUGGCGACAUCUACGGCAUCGCAGGCUCAUUUAAAAAAUUGUCCGUGGACUGACACACAACCCUGUUUCGUAACACAGAGAGAAGAAGUUGUAAAACACGUGUAGAUAUUGUACAGGAUUACUUGUAGCCAAUAAUUGAAAUAAACUGUUCUCUACUAAA